AUGGAUAAAUUCGAUAUUAAAACGGCAACCUCUUUGAUCCCCGUAAUGGAUAAUACGGAGGAAAUUACUGAAAAUAUUAUUAACGGAAUUGAGAUGUACAAUGAAUAUCUUGUAGAUGUUACUCAGAAAAAAUUACUCAUCUCUUUUGUUUUAAAAACCAGGUUAUCUAAGUCUGCUAAAUUAAAGCUAAAGAGCGAAUAUGAUGACGUGACGAGUUUAAUACAAGACAUUAGAAAGUUUUUACUAACAAAAAAAUCUGCAAAUUCGAUACUAACACAAUUAAAUAAUUUAUCGCAAAAUAACAUGUCCAUUCACGAAUUCGGUGAUAAAUUGUCUGAGUUAUUUGUAGGCCUCACUAUUGCACAAAGCGACGGAAAUCCGAAGUCUUGUGAGAUAUUGAGACCUAUAAAUGAAAAACUUGCAGUUAAAAGGUUUGCAGACGGAUUACGCAAUAGGAAACUGAGCACAAUUAUAUCGGCACGAGACUACUCAAGCCUGAAGGACGCAGUACGUGCUGCUGAGGAUGAGGAGCUGGGACAGCCUUCGUUGUCCAACAACAUCUUCAACGCACAAAGGAGAGGUAACCAAUUCCCAUAUUAUAGGUCUUCACUAAGAGGUAGAGGUGGACAAAUGACUUCUAGAGGUAAUUUUUAUUCAAAUCGCGAAUUCCGUCCUCAAUUGCAACAGACGACGCUACGAAAUUACAACAACUUCAACAAUUAUAUGAAAGGCCAUGCUAGU